GUCGUCUGUGCGAUCGCUGCUGCAGAAGCGCAACACGAACCAGGCGCUCAUAUCGAUGGGUGGGGACUACCAGUCGGCAGCGUACACCUACGAGAACAUCGACACCCUCAUCCGAUACAUCAACGCAAAGCACCAGCACCUGCCCAAGGUCCACGCCUUCUACUCGACUCCGUCCUGCUACCUCCGCUCGCUGCUGGAGGCAAACGAGGCCUGGACGGAACUGGACGAGGACCUGUUUCCCUACACCGACGGCAUACCGGGAAGCGGGCCGGCGCAAUCCCCGCAGCAGACGGCCUACUGGACGGGCUACUUCACCACGGAGCCGAACUUCAAGCGGACGGUGCGGCGAGCCAAUGGGGUGCUACAAGCCUGCAAGCAGCUUGCAGUUUUGGGCUUCGUGCACAGCAAGGACAUCCGGGUGUUCCAGGAGAACGUGGCCCUCGCUCAGAACAACGAAGUGAUAGCGGGAAGCGAGAGGCCUGAAGUGCUCCUGCAGCACGAGGCGCUACUGAACAACGGUAUUGCUCGCUGUCAACGUGUCAUGGACGAGGCUCUCCGCACCAUCGUGUGGGAAGGGAACUCGGUCAGCCAGCUUCGCUUCUCGCACUGCCUCGAGGCCGAGGACGACUGCAAGCCGGUGGACUCGGACGAGGCGUGGCUGCUGGUGUACAACCCUCUCGGAUACGCGUACACCACCCACAUACGGUUGCCGGCGAAGGAGGGAUACUCCUACGUCGUUGACGGCGAGCAGGCCCAGAUCUUGUCGGCCGAGGAUAAAGUCGACGAGGUGGUGUUCUCGUCGCGGCUUGUGCCCCUCGGGGUCACGACGCAUUACGUGCAAAGGUCGCGAGAGUCUCCGGGCACCGCCAGGGAGCCUCAAGCGUCCAAAGUGGAGAAACCCAGCAAAAUGACCGUCAUCCGAAACAAGCGCUACCGCCUCCUGGUGGACUCCACGUCGGGUUUCGUGCGGGGCGUCAUGGUUAAGGGAGGACUGCAGGUGACGCUCCAGCACUUGUUCCUGUCCUACCACGCGUACCAGGGAAGCAGCCGAAAGGCGUCGGACAGUCGCGUGCUGAACCCCGUCAAUGACGACCCGUUCGAGCUGGGCAACAACAUCACCUACCACAUCACACGGGGACCUGAGGUGCAGGAGCUGCACCAGCGCUACACUCCGUGGCUCGGCCUGGUGGUGCGCCUGUUCGAGAACGAGGAGGUGAUCGAGUUCGAGUGGACACUGGGUCCGGUGCCUCUGAGUGAUAACAAGGGCAAGGAGAUCGUGUGCAGGUUCUCCAGCAGUGUGCAGAGCGGCCAGCUCUUUUACACCGAUACCAACGGACGCCGAAGCAUCGAGAGGAAGAGACUUGACGGAAGUCCCGUGGCCUCCAACUUCUACCCGGCCACUUCGUGGGCAUUUCUAGCGAGUGAUUCACAGGGCCUGCAGCUGACCGUGUUCCCAGACAGACCUCAAGGUGCCGCCAGCCUGUCAUCCGGCAACCUCGAGUUCCUCAUCCAGCGUCGGCUCCUUGGAGACCGCGGAGUGCCCGUGAGAGGACGCCACUGGUUACACGUCGGCACCAUCGCCGAUUCGCAGGAGUACUUACGCAUAUUCGCCAAUCGCCUGGUGUGGACUCCUCAGCUUUCGCUGGUUGAUGCUCGGCAGCCGUACUUCACCAACCUGACCCAGAGAGAGUGGAGCGGUCUGCGCUCGGAACUUCCCAAGCACGUGCACGUGCUCACGCUGGAGCGCGUGUACGGAGAGAAGCUGCUGGUGCGGCUGGAAUUCCAAGCGCCCGAGAUGCCAGAAUACGUCAACACGACACAGUUGCACAUAUCGCGCCUGCUGAAGAACCAGGACAUCUACCACAUCCUAGAGACUUCGUUAGGAUCGACGCAGGACAAGACGGAUAUGGUCCGCUUUGUGUGGCGUCGCCACAGCCGGCCGCUGCCAGCCGUCAGCCAAGAACAGCGCAUGCGCGUGUGGCUGAAACGUGGAUACCGACCGCGCUUCGAGGACACCGUGGUUCUGCACCCGGGCGAGAUUCGAACCUUCGUGGGGCGAGCCGAGAAAGUCCACCCGCUGCCGGACAGUUAAAAAAAGAAACAAAUUUCAGAAAAAGAACUACAACACUGGGAUACGUUUGAGAAAACGGUGGUCGUUCUAUACGGUGGGAUUGUCAUCAAGAAUAGCGG